GAGGGGGACGUGUACCUCCUCGACGUCGGCAACGCCGUCUUCGUGUGGGUCGGAUCCGAGGCGAACGAACUCGAGAAGGGCAUGGCGGCGGAGACGGCCGCGUCGUACGUGGCGUUGGAGGGGUACUCGGCCGACACGGCCGUGCUCACGGUCAAGUCGGGCUCCGAGCCGCCCAUCUUCACCUCGCACUUCCUCGGCUGGGACGCGUCCCGGGCGAAGGUCUUUCUCGACCCCUACGAGGCGAAGCUGGCCAAGGCGAUGGCGGAGCAGGAGGCGGCGCAGGCGGCGGAGGAGGAGGCGCGCGCAGCCUCCGCCGCCGCAAAGGCGGACGCCGUCGCGAAGGCCGAGGCCGAGCGCGCCUCCAAGGCCUCGUCGGGGGCGCCGGACGGCGACCCGUUUGAGGACGACGAGCCGGAGCCGCCGCCGCCGCCGCCGCCGCCGCCGCCGGAGAAGCAGCCGACGCCAGCGGAUGGAGGGUACGUCGACCUCGAGACGCUCAAGAGCAGCCCGCCGGACUACGUCGACCCGUCGCGCAAGGAGGACUACCUCUCCGACGCCGACUUCGAGGCGGCCUUCAAGUGCUCGCGCGCCGACUUCAAGGUGCUCAAGGGCUGGAAGCAGCAGAACCUCAAGAAGGCGUGCGGCCUCUUCUGAGCCGGCAGCCGGCGCAGACACGCACCGCGCGAGGCUCGAUUUCGAGGGGGUGUUCCUAGCUACCAUCGUUCGCCCUCCUUCCAUGUCAUGCGCGCGCGAUUUGGUCCCGCCCCGUCGUCGCGGAUUGUGUAUAGCGGCCCAGGGCCGUCGAUGCGUCAAACGCACGGUCUGCGGUCUAUCACGCUGCACGCCGAGGCCCAUUGACUGAGAGGUCUUUGGCGAGCUUUGAGCUUAAAUGAGCGUGUGACGCACGCGUACGGGGGGACUUAAAGCCGUCUCGUGCUCUCGUCCUU